CCAAAGAAGAUGAACUCUGUUGUGAUUGCCUCUGCCAUCAGAGACCACAGAGGUUCGAAACCCUAGAGAAGAGAUAGUUGAGCAAAAAUCGGAAUGGUCAGACUAAGCAAAUCACUGAUGAGAAAUGCAGGGAAUGGGAUAAGCAAGACUCUCUCUGAGAUUCUGGUCUGCCCACUCUCCAAACAACCCCUCAGGUAUUGUGAGGAGACCAAUUCUCUUAUCAGUGACAGCAUUGGAGUUUCGUUCCCGAUAAAGGAUGGGAUCCCUUGUCUUGUUCCAAGGGAUGGCAAGAUUUUGGACACCGAUGAGCUGCAGAAAUCUGAUGGCGGUGCUGAUUCAUCUGCUGUAAAUAAGCAAUAAUAAAGGGGUAGCUCUUGAGCUAAGUCAUUGAGUUUGAAAUGUUUUGUGCCGUAGAGAUAACCGGAUUUGCUGAUUGUGAAUUGUGUAAUAUCUUUGACCACUUUGCAAGAAAAUGAAGAUCAUGUACCAUGGCUUUAUAUAAAUUGAUGUUCUCCUCUGCUGUUGGAUAUGUGUUGAAAAGUAGUGUU